CACAGAUGAGUUCCGGAACUGAAAGUGGAAUUCCCAAUAGUUAGAUUGCUGUACGGAAAGAUGUCAUGUUGAAUACUUAGCUAGCCAACAAAGAUUUGUAGAAAUGGCUUACCAACAGUCCACCCAACCAGGUAAUCAGAGCCAAUCUGAGUUUGUGGAAAUUCACAAACCGCCUCCUGAAUACAACCUAGAAGUGUUCCUCAACGAAGAUGAACAGGAAUUGUGGCAUAACUUUUUUUCGCCAUAUACUGUUGUUGGAGACAUGAUAGUCAAGACAUCCUCAUUUGAACAUGCCAUCCAGCUGUUAUGGAUGAACGGCUUUGUGACUAUCACUGGCCAGCCAGGUGAUGGAAAAACCACGAUGGCAGAGUGGAUCAUCACACAGUUGGUCAUUGCUCCAGAACUGUUGCCAGAAAAGGGAGACGACUCCUCCAAGGAAUGGUUUGUCAAAAGGAGUCUAGCUGGUCGAGGAGAGAGGACAUAUGAGUUUGUAAAAGUGAAUUCUCCUGCUGACUGGGAGAACAAGGUAGACACAAGCAAGGAUCAAGUUGUGCUCAUCGAUGACAUAUUUGGUCCAGCAAAUAUAAACAUGUAUACUGCUAGAAGAUGGAAAAACACCCUUGUAGACAUAUCAAAAAAAGUGAUGGACAACGUGCCCAAGCUACUUGUUAUUAUCUGUUUACAUAAGAGCCACCAAGAAGCCUUGAUAGGCGAUUUGGAUCAUCUUGAUCUGUUUAAAGAAGAUGCGGUUGUAGAUUUGACUCUUAGCAAAUUCCAACCAAGCCAAGCCGAACGUGAGAGUAUAAUGGGGGCGAAUGGAGGCUACCGAGGUCUGAGUUACAGAGAAAAGUACAAUAUUGACUUCAAGGCAGUUAAACAGUCCUAUCCAUAUGUUGCGAGGAUAUUUGGCUCAGUGAAAAGUUUUGGUAUGGAAGGGCCCAAGUUCUUCUCGAAUCCUUUUUCAUCCUUCAGAAAUGCAAUCCAGAAAAUUUUUGGAUUCAAUAAAGUAAUAUACUUCACUUUGGCUGCAGGAGUCUUGUUUGAUGGUAAGCUGGAACUAGACAAACACAGCUUCGAGGAAUUCACAGAAAAAGAGCAACACAUCAUACGCCGAUUAACAGAAGAAGUAGGCAUAGAGGAUUUGAAUAUGGCAAAAAUGCGUUAUGCAGCAUCAUUGUUGUAUGGAUUGUUCCUUCUUCCAACAAAGAGACAUUGCUGGAAAUUUAUGCAUGAGAGGUCAUUCCACACUAUGGCUGAUGCCUUGACCAACAAGUACCCAGAGAUAGUAUUAGAGUUCUGCAGCAGUGAUUUCCUCAUCAACCGGAUUAGGACCAUUUCAUGUUAUUCUUCAAAUGUCUCGUCCAGCAUUUCACUUUGGCACAAAGAGUAUCCUCAAUUAUGUCAGCGAAUUACCUUUGAAAUCCUGGCAGGAAAUCUGCCCCAGCUGGCUGGCCACCCUUCAUUUGAUGAUGAGAAAUUUGUUAAAAAAUGGUUUGAGUUUAUGACAGAUAUGGGAAGCUUACUACCUGUAGUUCAACAAAGAGGAGAGUACAACCGCUCACUUUUCUUUUGGUCCUGUUUCUAUGGACAACACAACAUGGUGGUGACAUACCUGAAACAUGAGGACCUGGAGGACAUGCGCCAAGAGGAGUGGUUUAAGGAGGAGAUGCGUGCAGGUGUCUUUGCCACUUGCUGUGGUCAAUAUGGUAUGCGUGAGGCACAUGCCAAGGUAUUGGAAGCACUUCAUAAUGCUGGGAUGGAACUUACUGCAGAUGAUCCUCUUCCAGAGAAUGAUCUGAAUGAUUUGUAUGGAUCAGAUGUGACUUUCCUCUUGAAGAUCAAGGCCCCACUCUUGCAUAUUGCAGCAUUAAGAAGUGAGGAAGCUGUCAUAGAUUUCUUGGUAGAUGUGGGCAAGCUGGAUGUCAAUGAAAAGUCAGCAGAUGGUUACACUCCUUGCCACAGAGCUGUAUGUAACAAGAAAGAGGGCGCUCUCAAAUCACUUCUUAAACAUGAGGCUGACAGCAAUGUCGCAGCACCAAAUGGGCGUCGACCUGUUCACCUUGCACUGAUGUGUGGUAAUGGCAAUGUCAUUUAUGCUUUGAAAAUGAAUAAUGAAAAAGUGAAAGAUGGAAAGAUGCCAGAUGGGACUUCAAUGUUGACAUCAGCAAUCUUUACACAGGACGACUAUCUUAUUCGAAACGUUGCAGACAUCUACAGCAAGGAGAAACCUUACAGACCCUCAGGUGACCUCAUAGCUCCGUUGCAGGCAGCAGCAGCCAUGGGAGACGAGGAGAACAUAAAACGCCUGUUAGACAGGAACUUUGAUAUUGACUGUCGUGAUGACAUGGGAUGGACUGCACUUCAUUAUGCUGUUUACUUUCACAACGAGAAAAUGAUCCGUUUCCUACUUGAAAAGAAUGCAAACAUUGACUGCCAAAAUCGAGACAAUAAAACUCCUCUUCACAUAGCAGCCGAGCAAGGUUACUAUGUAAUUUGUGAAUUGCUGCUGGAUAAUGGUGCCAAUGCCGACAAGCAUACCAUUAAAAAUGAAUUUUCUUUCUCUUCUGCUGCUAAAUAUGGACAUGUAGCCUUGGCCAGAUAUCUAGUUAGGCAAGGAUUGAUUCUUAGUACUCCUAACGGAGGGAAGGCAGGUGACCUCGAGGACCCACGAAUGUAUGAAGAAUUUGAGAGAUUAAGUAGAGAAUGGCGAUUCAAAUAAAUAAAUCAGAAUUUUACAUGCUUUCAAAUGGUUACUAGCAAAUUACUUAGUUUCAAAAUAGGCAAAAAAAUACCAUGAAAAUUAUGUAAAUUUAGUGGAGUUACAACAUUGUUGUGUUCAUAACUUUACUAAUACUUUGUUACCUAAAAUUUCGAAAAAUUCUUUGAAUUUUCUAGCUUGUUGCCACCUCUCACACCCUAAUAUUGGCUUUUAGAUAUCUUAUAGCCAGUUAAAUUCGGUCCUAUCUUUUUGUGUGUAACACAACUGCUCUAACAAAACCUGGAUAUAUUCCUUACUGUAAGAAACAUAAUGCAGGUAAGUGACUUUCAUAUCUAAAGAACAAUGUAUCAAUUCAAGUAGGAAUUGAGGCAAUGGUUAACAUUUCUGAUUUGGCCACAGGAAGUUAAGACAUUGCAUUGUAUGUCAAAAACAGAGAUUACACAAUGGUUGUUUGUUGUAUUUAUUUCACUCCAGCUGUUAUUUCUCAAAAAAGUAAAAAAAAAUAAUACCAUAAUCACAAGCUUCAGCAAGUGUCUUUGAUUUUUAGGACAAAAACUAAUGUCAGGGAAAGAAAUACUGUAUUUAACAACCACAAGGCUGUGUGACCUGUUUCUACCACAAUAAAAAAGCUAUUUUGAAGUUAAUCGACCUGUCCUGUACCAACAUGUUUUGUUUACAUCAUCACUUGGAGUGUUGUUGCUUGACCUUCAGUUAAAAGCAACUAUCUAAUAUUCAAAACUGACAAUUUCAGAAAUAAGAGAUAUUACAACUCAUUACAGAUUAUAAAUAGAAUUAGACUGAUUUGUUAUCUACGAUGCCAAAAUAGAAAUAUGUCCAAAUAAAAAUCAAAUUAUUACGAAAACAACAAUGAACUACUUAUUGUUGUUCCUAAUUUCUGUGAGAUCACAAAACGCCCUUUUUGUCAUAGGUCAUCCUGUCAGCCAAUCAAAACAUGUUGAAGUAUUCCACCACAUUUGGUAUAAUAUUCAUGUUUAUACAACAGCUGGAAUGAUUUAAAUGAUGCCUUGCCAGUUGAAUAACAACCACCUGUUGUGAUAGAAACCAGUCAUAUCAAUGCAAAAGUGUAUCUUGGUCAUGAAAAACUUUUUAGCAUUAUACUGGCCUUGUAAUAGUACAACAAAAGAUGAAAACUUCAUUCAUAUUAAUUACUAAUAUUAACUAUCAUUAAUUAACUUUUCAGACACAAUUGAACUGUGUUAGGAUGUUAAAUGUGAUGGAGGUAUCCAUGAGAUAUGACGAUCACUUUGACAACUGUAUUGAAUUUGUUAUUAUGUUGUACAGGCAUUACAGAAGAUUGAAACACAAUUUUUAUACAUGAUCCCAUCCAUACAAACUGUUGAGCAGUGUACGGAAUGUCAAUACAUCUCUUGGCUGGGCAAAAUGUUACAGGCAGUCCCUUCAGAAUUUUCUACUUACCUUUACACAAAAUGGGUAAUAAUUGAAUAUUGGACUGGAACUGCUUCGUGUUGUGCCUACUCCUGACGUCUGUACCAUUAUACAAGUACAGUAAAACUCCACAGGAACUCCAAUGUCAAAUGUCAGUACCUUAGUCAGAGACCUAAAGGCAUUUCUAAAUGUUUUUUUUUUUAAUUGAUGAUUUUGAUGGAUGGGAGGUAAUUCAUAAUUGACUGUUAAUUCAUGGAUCCUGGCCUAUCUGAAUUAAACUAAUAUUUAAGUUUUACAUCUGUUGUGUUUUUUACUAACUAUGUGUGCAGAAUUAUUUGAAAACAUGUGUCUUGGAUGUGGGGCCAUAUCAUCCAGCUGGAUAACAAUAAUUGAGAAAGCAGAUUGGGUAGUACAUCAAACUCAAAUGUUAACAUGCAUAAAGUUUACUUAUGAAAAUAUACUUAAUGAAAUAUAAAUGUUAUUCAUGAAGAAAGAGGACAACUGUAUAGGUGUUUAAUUCCGCGGCUGUCCAAGUUUGGGCUAGUUUGAAAGAAUACAAUUUUGCUUAUUUACAAUGGUGUCCAUGGAUACAAACAUAUUACUAAUUUCCAUAAAUUUUGAUUAAUGUUAAAUGUUUGUUUGGUAUUUUGUUUCAUGCUCUCUUUGUUGAAAGCAAGAUAAACUCCCUGUGAGUACAACCAACUAUAUAUCAUCCAUUAUAAAGGGUCUUUGGUGUCUAUCAGCCGAUGGUACACCUAAGUUUACACUACCAUCCUCAAUUAUAGUUUAUAACGUGGGUUUUUGUUCUAUGUAUGUGAUGUAAUUUAUGUAACAUUUUGUGUCUUGAUAAAGGGGCAGAUUGCCUCAAAUUGACACUCCAUUUGUUCAUACCGUCAUUUUAACUUCAUUGAUCAUUUAUUAUAGAUGUAUAUAUAAAGCUAAAUUCUCUGUAAUAAACUUCAACAGGUUUUCUGUUACUUUUUGGAAAUGAGUUAGGACCAUGAAACUUAAACAUUUCUUUCUAUUUCAAAUUUACCUUUGUUGUGUUGCAACUUAUACAUCAACUAAUUCUGUAACAUGAUAUUUAGAUGUGAAGUUUGUUUAUACUGAUUGUCUGAACUAUUCUAUUAAGUUUUUCAUUAAUAUCUCAGCCUAGUUGAGUUCAUAUAUGAAAACAAAGUGCACAGCUUUUGAAUUUCUUGGAUGAUCUGAAAUAAGUAGUUUUUUUAAUUGUUUUGAAGAGGAAUAAAAAUGCUUUACAAUGAAAUAUGUACUACAGUCAUUUUGUGUUUCAAUGAAAUUGUAUUCACUAUUUUUUAUGAGUAAUAAAAUGUCAAAACUUA